GGGCGAGAAUUUUUCUUUUUGCUUCGGUGACGGUUGAUCGCAAGGUUUUUGGGAUGAAAGUGAGGCUUUCUGAAGAUGCGCACCCACUAUUUGAUGAUUUCGGAUUUCGACUAUAAAAGCUCUCGUCCAAGAUUCCGCUAAUCAGAUCAUCUCGUGGUAUCAUCGCGGCAAGACCCGAUCAAAAGUGAAAUAUGAAGAUCUUAAUAUUCACAUUGGCCUCCAUGUCCAUCGCCUUGGCCGAACCGCCGAUCCCCUCUAGCCAGUACCUGCCCGCGAACCAAUACCUUCCACCGUCCAACCAAUAUGGAGCUCCGACUAGACCAACCUACGUACCUCCAUCAACCUCGUACGGUACACCUGCUCAAACGAACCAAUAUGGGGCUCCCACUAGACCAACUUACGUACCUCCAUCAAUCUCGUACGGUACACCUGGCCAAACCCAAGCGUUGAUCAGACCCAAUGUUCAAUAUGGCGCCCCGAACCCAACUUACGGAGCACCUAGACCCACUUACGGACCACCUGCCCCUAGCUAUGGUGCACCGAGCAGCAGUUACGGCAUCCCCACGUCGACCUAUGGUCCACCCACUACAACCUACGGGGCGCCAAGCACUCCGAGUCCCAGUUAUGGGGCUCCGAGCACUUCAUAUGGUACUCCGAUCAGGCCCGGCGCGGAAUACGGAGUUCCAAACGUAGGGCAAGCCUAUUUGCCUCCUUCUUCUGGUGGAGGAUACGGAUCGGGUGGCUACGAUGAUCAAUCGGAACCGGCCAACUACGAAUUCGAAUAUCACGUCCAAGAUGCGCAGUCGGGCAACGAUUUCGGUCACAAGGAGCAGAGACAAGGUGACGUAGCGCAAGGGAAAUAUUUCGUAUUACUUCCAGACGGGCGUCUUCAAACCGUCGAAUAUACCGCCGACACGGGAGGCUAUAAACCUAGAAUAAGCUACCAGCAGGUUGGAGGAGGUUAUCAAGCUGGAGGCUAUCCGGGUUCUUCGGGAGGAUACCAGUAUUAAUAUUCCUAAGUUUUAUUAGAGCUCGGCUCAUGCCGAUGAACAUACAAAGCUUGGUAGAAAUUGUAGAGUUAUUUUCUUGUGAUACUACGCAUAAGGUAUGCUCUGGGAUAAUUUUCCAGUCCUAAUUUCUUUUUUGUACUCUCCAAUAUUUAUCAAGCCGAAUUUUAUUUGUACCUUCGUGUAAUAAAUAUUCGCGGGAAACGAAUAGCUUUAAAACUAGGGUAAUAAAUAUAUGUAAGUAUAAUUCGGGACGAUCUGAUGAAGGACAGGAACCACGGAACAAGGACUACGAAUUUGAUUGUGUACCACGUUAUUUAUUAAAGGCCAUACUUACAUAAGUGCAAUAUAGAAUUAAAAACUUGUAAUAUUUUGUGUUUAUAUGCCAGAUUUUUUAUAAUAAACAAUGCAUUCAAA